AUGUCCGACGUGACUGACGCCGGUCCUCCCUUCAACAAAGCCACGGCGGACCUGAUCAUUCGUUCCACAGACAAGAGGGACGACCAGUCUUCAACAAAAAAGAAGGAGCUUAGGGACGGACUCCCGAUCAUCCCCAUGAGCGAGAACGCAAAGACCGUAGAACUCUUGCUCCGGCUCUGUUAUCCGCACAGAACCCCCGCGCCGGACAAUCUGACGGAGGUGAUGGACGUCCUGUCAGCGGCGAUCAAGUAUGAGAUGGAUAUCGUCAAUGGCCCGCUGAAGGACAUGCUCCUGGAGAAUGCCCGACGAGCCCCAGUUCGGGUCUACGGCUUCGCUGUACGCCACGAUUUGGAGGCCGUGGCGCGCCACUCAGCGAGGGCGUCACUCCGAUACCCACUGCUCAAGGUCGUCACCGAGGAUGUGCCUGAGCUCUGCGCUAUUCCAUCUCACCACUAUCAACUCCUCAUGCAGUACGGUUUAGAGUGCCGUCAGCAGUUCUCCGCGAUUUCUUCGGACCUGGGAUGGGUUCCCAUGGGCACACCCUCUGAACGCCCGCCUUGGAUCGGCUGUUUUGUCUGCAAGGAGCACAAUCAUUCCAUGACAUAUGGUCCGCAACAUAUUCCCGUUACGGUGAUGCAAUGGUGGAUGGAUUUUAUGGAGAGGGCGCAGAGGGUACUGUCAGAGACACCUUGCGGAGAGGCAAUCCGCGCGCCGGAUUUGCUAGAACCGUGCUUUAUUCAGCGCAACUGUCAGACGUGCUGCUCGUACCAAGGAAUUCAGGCCAUGAAGGCGUUCGUGAAUUGGCUGGCGUCUGACGUGGACCAAAUAAUCACGAGGAAAGACUCAUAUUGGAGCUAUAUUGUACCGCUGCUCACCAGGCCUCCCGUGGUAGAGAUUGUCCAGAAUGAAGUUCUGCUGAAUUAA